ACCAGCUACUGACCCAAGGAGGCGACAGUCGUCGCUGACCGUGGACGCUGCGGUUUGGUCUUGUCCUCCUCGCCGCUUCCCUUUUCUCGGGGAGGGGGGUGUCGCAGGGACUCGGCCAGCCCCGUUCCAGAAGCUUUUGGUUCCGUAAGUGUUGGUUUGAGGAAGCUUAAUCCUGUCCUGAGGUUGCCUCAGAAACAAAAGGGACUAUCUUCCUUUGAAUAAGGUCAGCAAAGAUGUCCAAUGACCCCCCCCCUCCCUAUCCUGGGGACCCCUCAGCUCCCCUGUUGGAGGAGAAGACUGGAGGCCCACCUGGUACAGGCAGAGCCUCACCAGCUAUGGUCCAACCCCCUGGCAUACCCCUACCCCCACCAGACAUUGGGCCUCCUCCCUAUGAGCCACCACUUCAUCCGAUCCCUCAGCCGGGCUUCAUCCCUCCUCACUUGAAUGCAGAUGGUACUUACGUGCCCCCAGGCUUCUAUCCACCUCCUGGCCCUCACCCUCCCAUGGGCUACUACCCCACAGGUCCUUAUCCAGGCCCUGGGGGCCACACAGCCACUGUCCUUGUCCCUUCAGGGGCUGCAACUACAGUGACUGUGCUGCAGGGAGAAAUCUUCGAGGGGGCACCUGUGCAGACUGUGUGUCCUCACUGCCAGCAGUCGAUCACCACCAAGAUCUCCUAUGAGAUUGGCCUGAUGAACUUUGUACUAGGCUUCUUCUGCUGCUUCAUGGGGUGUGACCUGGGCUGCUGCUUGAUCCCCUGCCUGAUUGAUGACUUCAAAGAUGUGACACACAGCUGUCCUAACUGCAAAGCCUACAUCUACACGUACAAGCGCCUGUGCUAACGGAGACCCCCGGGAGCUGGGACCCGGGAUUACUAUCUCUCCUUUUUGCUUGUCAAUCCUAUACCCUGUGCUUUGUUUUCCUGCUUGGCAGUAGCUUUUCCCUUUUUCCUCCUUAGGUUGGAAGCAGGGAACUCCUGUCCUCUCUGGUCUGUCCAGCCCAGGGAUAUUUGUAUCUCUUCUGGUUUAGGGUUUGGCAGAUUGGAAGUUUAGUGUUAAUGGGGUGGGGGGAAGUGACAAGCAUGUUAUUUUGGCUAUUGAUAUUUUGCUCAGUAUAUAUAAUCAGGAUUUCAAGAGUGAACUAACUGUCCACUAGCAGAGGUACUCUCCCCAUUGGAAGUUUCCAGAUCCCACCACUGUAAUACUGUAUUGGUUAUUUCACAUUUGCCUCCUUGGGAAUCAGAGAAAUCCUGCAUCGUGGAACAGUAAUUUGUUUCCAUGGGGCCUCUGGGAUAGAAGUUCCUCUUCCUACUACUCUAUCUGUAUGCCUUCUACAGUGACAAUUACCUUCUACUACCAGUCAGUUUGCCCUGACACUAUUGCAUGUCUGUUCUGAUACUUUCCAUGCUACAGAAUAGCCCAAGGUAGUUCAUGACCACAACUAGCCAGACAUGGGAUGUUGAUGUGGAUGGUAUUGAGGGGUGGAAGGGAGCCCUUGCUUAAGGAACAGAGAAACCAGGGGGCAAAGUGGUCAUUAGUAGCCACUGAGAACACACAACGGGAAAAGGUGGGUUCAAAAGGCCUUCGUCCUGUGUUUCUAAUUAAACAGAGAAAGCUCUAAGUUCCUAAAAGAUAGACUAAAGCGGCUGGGAUUGUGCAAAUUCUGGUCAGAACUAGAUGUAUCAUGAAGGACAGGAUUUCUGUGUAAUAGAAAAACAGAAUUGAAACCACUGGCAUUAGAAACUCUCAGGUAUCACAACUUAGGACACACAGAAGCUCUGUAGGACUAAGUGCUGAUUAGGAAAGAGUUGGUGAACAAUGAGGAUCAGACCUCAGAGAGCCCUGCUCAAGUAUGACACCAUUUUGGAACAAGGCUGGGUGCCAACUUAGAAAAAGUAACAAGCAAAAUUGAUUGCAUCUCCCAACUUAACAGAUGCCACUGGCUCAUCUGCUUACCUCCCUUUCCAAAAGUCCACCAUUGUACCUAUGGUACAAUGGCUGCUGAGCCCCACCUCUGGGGAGAUGAGAGUGAAGUGGCAAUGGAAGACUCAGCUUGCUCUUUUUGGACUUUUUCCUUAUUGUACCUGAAAUCUGACAUUUUGACCUUUUUCUGUGUCUCAAUUGCACACCUGUGGUGGAAGGGGGAUUGGGAAGAGGCCAGAAAUACUAUUCUAAACCCUACUUUAUCCCCACUUCCCAGACAUGGAAGUUUAUUGACUGGCCACUAGAUGGCACGUGCACAACAUGCUUUGUGUGAAUUGUUAUUUGCAGAUAUUUUACUUCUUUUAAAUCAUGUUGGGGAACACUAUUUUUGCACUAAACCUUUUAAUGUCCAUUGUGUUUAGAGCUUCAGUUGGAGAAAUCAUGUUAUUUAAUGAGGUUUGGGUAGAGAAUGAAGAGAAGUGAUAAUGGGUAAUGAGGCUGAGCUGACAUCCGAUUAAGCCCUGUUAUGGAAUAAGACUUGGGACCUGUGUCAUAAGGAUCACUGCUGCUACUGUACCCCUUACCUGGUUUCUGCAAUUCAAAUGCAUGUCAUCCUAUUUAAUGUGAACCUGUUUGUUCUCAAGUCUUAGUUUAUCACUUACAUUAAAUUGGCCCAUCUGCCCACCUUUCCCUGUC